CUCAUUUACCACAUAAGGACGUAGAUCUCUUGUAUGACUGGGGGGCGAGAGCUUGACUGUGUCCUGCACCUCCCUCUUUUACUUGAGUGCACAUUUUUUGGUGUUGAUGCAAGAGAAGUCAGGAGAAGUGAGAAGUGUGUCACAGUUUUGAGCAAGACAGGGGAGCUUGCCUUCUGCUAAAACCUUGAUUCAAGCUUUUGUGUGUAGCAGUAGGUUUGUUUUUCUGCAGAUUUCUUUAUCUUCAGGGAGUGUUUGGACAUUUUUGGAGUCCUCUUGGCCUUGUGUGACUGCCAUGCCUUCUUACACAGUCACUAUUGCCACUGGGAACCAGUGGUUCGCAGGGACAGAUGACUACAUCUACAUUACACUGGUGGGCACGGAGCAAUGCAGCGAGAGAACACUGCUGGAUAAAGCUCUGUACAACGACUUUGAGAGGGGUGCGGUGGACUCCUAUGAUGUGAGAGUUGAGGAGGACCUGGGUGACAUCGUGUUGGUGAAGAUUGAAAAGAGGAAGUACUGGGUGCUGGAUGACUGGUACUGCAGGUACAUCACAGUCAAAACCCCAUCUGGAGACUAUGUGGAAUUCCCCUGUUUCCGUUGGCUGGUGGAUGACAAGGAAGUGGUGCUGCGAGAUGGCCGAGCAUGUCUGCCUCAGGAUGAUAAGACAAGCCUGGUCAAGCAGCACAGACAAAAAGAGCUGGAUUUGAGGAGAAAGACCUACAGAUGGAGAGAGUGGCAGCCAGGUUUUCCUAUGAGUAUCGAUGCUAAGAGGCACAAGGAUUUGCCCCGGGACAUCCAGUUUGACAGUGAGAAGGGAGUGGACUUCAUACUGAACUACAGCAAAGCAAUAGAGAACCUGUGUGUAAACCAGUUCAUGCACAUGUUCCAGUCGUCCUGGACUGACUUUGAUGACUUUAAGAUGAUCUUUCUGAGAAUCAAAAACACAAUCUCAGAGUAUGUGAUGCAACACUGGAAAGAGGACUUCAUAUUUGGAUACCAGUUCCUGAAUGGUUGCAACCCAACAGUGAUCCAAAAGUGCACCAAACUUCCUGACAAGUUUCCUGUCACUCAUGAGAUGGUAUCUGUCAGCCUGGAGAGGGAGCUGACUCUGGAGCAGGAAAUAGAGGCAGAUAACAUCUACAUAGUAGACUACCAAUUGUUAGAUGGCAUCACCCCUAACAGCACAGACCCAUGCACGCUGCAGUACCUGGCAGCUCCGAUCUGUCUGCUGUACAAGAACACUCAGAACAAGAUCAUGCCCAUAGCCAUCCAGCUUACGCAGACUCCAGGUGAAGACAACCCGAUCUUCUUGCCCACUGAUGAUCAGUAUGACUGGCUGCUGGCAAAGAUCUGGGUCCGCUCAGCUGAUUUCCACCACCACCAGACCAUCACGCACUUGCUCAGGACACACCUGAUGACAGAGGUGUUUGCUAUUGCCAUGUACAGGCAGCUACCUGCCGUUCACCCUGUGUAUAAGCUAAUUAUCCCACAUGUUCGCUUUACCAUCGCCAUCAACACCAAAGCCAGAGAGCAGCUCAUCUGUGAGUGUGGCAUCUUUGAUAAGGCCAAUGCAACAGGUGGAGGUGGUCAUGUCCAACUGGUUCAAAAAGCCAUGAAGUCUCUGACCUUCAGGUCUAUGUGCUUCCCCGAUAUGAUCAAGGCCCGUGGUGUGGACAACAAGGAGGAGCUGCCUACUUACUUCUACAGAGACGACGGCUACAGGGUGUGGGAGGCUACCAAGAGUUUUGUGUCUGAUGUAGUAUGUAUUUACUACACCAGUGACGAGAAGGUGCAGGGAGAUGAAGAAAUCCAGGCCUUCGUUAAGGAUGUGUGCAGCUUCGGGAUGCAGGACUUUGAUCACUGUGAGUUUCCUAAAUCCCUGAAAUCACGUGAGGAGCUGAUAGAGUAUCUGACUGUCAUUGUGUUCACUGCUUCAGCCCAGCAUGCAGCUGUCAACUUUGGACAGUAUGACUGGUGUUCCUGGAUUCCCAACGCUCCAUCUACCAUGCGGAGGCCCCCGCCCAAGCAGAAGGGCUUGGCAGAUGUGAACAUGAUCAUUGAGAGUCUUCCUGAUCGUGGUCGCUCCAGCUGGCAUCUAGGAGCCGUCUGGGCCCUCAGCCAGUACCAAGAAAAUGAGGUAGGAAUGGGCAUGUAUCCUAAUGAACACUUCAUAGAGAAACAAGUGAAGGCGGCCAUGGCUAAGUUCAGGAAGCAGCUGGCAGAGAUAACCAGCUCCAUCAAGACAAGGAAUGAGGGAAAGAAGCUUCCCUACUAUAACAUGUCCCCUGACAAAAUCCCAAACAGUGUUGCUGUUUGAGGAGUACAACACACUUCUCUGGUGAGGAUUCUCAUGUCUCUACUUACUUAUUUACUUAAUGUCUUGCAUAUAGCACUUUGAGGUUAAGCAGAUGUUACUGAGCUGUCCAAUGUAAACU